AUGAGGGGUCCUUUUGAAGCAGGUCCAAGUAAAGCAAAAAAGAAGAGUAAUGCAAGAAACUGUCAUUCACAAGCAGGCUCAAGCACUCUAGCUCCAAGUACUCCAACACAUGUCAAUCAAGAUCCUUUGACUCAAGAGCAUGUCCCUGUGAAUCAAGAGCCUGUCAUUCAAGAGAAUGUCCCUAUGAAUCAAGAGCAUGUGAAUGAAGAUCCUGUGAAUCAGGAGCAUGUGAAUGAAGUUCCUAUGAAUCUGGUACCUGUUAACCAAGUGCCUGUGAAUCGUGGUGUUAGAGUGUCUAAGAGCCUUGGUGUUAGAGCAAGGAAGCCUUCAGAGAGAAUCAACAAGAUACAAAUUAGGAAACAGUUUAUUAAGAAGGUUAUAAUGGGAAUCAUAUGUCAAUUGUCUAUUGGGAAAUCAUAUUCCCUAUUUGUUUCUAUCAAUGUCCUUUGUCUUUUGGUUGUUGAAAUUGCAGACAAAUUCAAUUAUCAUCGUCCUUGUCUUUUGGCUGUUGAAAUUGCAGCCAAAUACAAUGUAAAUUACAAUCAAAUGUGUGCCAUGUAG